AUGAAGUUCAGCAGCAAUCUCUGCGACGAUGUCUGGGCACCGUACGCUACCUCAGUCACAACAGCAAGCGUUUCGGCCAUUUUGUGCGUAGCAACCGUCCCAGGAAACUUGCUGAUCUGCUGGGCAAUCAUUAAAGACCCGAACAGGGAACUGAAAUCAUCUUUCAACUAUUUGGUUCUGAACCUUGCAAUAGCCGACUCCUUUAUUGGAAUUGUUACUGAACCCGUUUUUGUGUGGUACCACAGCGCUGAAGCGAUGCACCAUCAAGUCUUAGGCUUGCGUUGGGUAGUGUAUAUGUCAUAUUUCAUGUCCUCUACUGCUUCUGUGUUGAGCAUAGCUGCAUUNUACUGAAGCCCUUGUAAUUUCAAAAAGCCCCAAGUUGCCCUAGGAUGACCGAUAUUAUAGCGCCGCCUAGGAUAGCGUAAAAAGUGUUUUCAAUGUAUUUACGAGGAAACCGUCGUUGGGUGCCCCUAAUUGCUAUUGUCUUGUCGUGGUUAUGUUUUGGGUAUGCUAGGUUUUUAAUGAAACUGAGGAAAUUUUGGCUUCCCGAUUGUUUUUGAGGACAAUAUCAAACAUGUAGCUAAAGCGAUGCGUGAUAACUAAAAGCAGCAAUUUUUACCUUCUUUGUCAAGAAUAUCAACCUAAACUUGUGUUACAAGAAUGACAAUAAUUUCACCAUAGUUGGGAAAAGACUGAAAAGGUCUGAUUUGUUCUAAUUGUCGCGUUCAUUUUUUUUUUCUUGCCGUCUUUUUUACCUUAAUUUAAGAUUCGAUAGAUUUAGAUGCUUAAACCCGGCGAACAAUUACCUCAAUUCCAAUUGCAAUUACAAGUACCGGAAGAUGGCACAAAUGCUUUUAACAAUAACAACCCGCAAUUCAUUUGAUUUCAUUUGUAAUUUUUUUUUUUCACUUUUUAAUUUUACGCCAAGUUGACAUAAUUGUGCAUUGAAAUUGUCAAUUGCGAUGUUAUUCUUUAAAGCGAAAUGUAGCGAGGCCUUUUGUAAAAAAUAAUUAGAAGAAUGGAUUUUCUGCUAUUUGGGCUUGCUACAACGCUUCACAUAACUACUUCGAGUUUGAUGAAAUUCGAGUCAUAUGUCUCCAUUUACCAAUAUGUUCGCCAUGCAUAAGGGAUUCUUAUUAUUAAACUGUUUAUUUUACUCCGUUGCUUUUAGAUCUGUCGAGGUAAAUCUUUUUUUUCACAAGCUGACGUAAACUGAGGCGUUGUUUGAAUAUAUUGAUGUAUUUUUAACUCUCAGGAAAUAGAUUAGUUUUCUUCUCGGUAUGGGUCUUGACUCAGAUUCAUAUUACAUAGGAAAUUGUUUACCACAUUUCUAUAUUUAUCAUAAGAAAAUUGUUUUAACGCGAAUUGUCUACAUAGAUAUCAAGCUGUCAAAAAAAGCAUCUGCUUUAAAAUACAUUAUCGGGACAUUUUGUUGAAACAUCGAAAACCUUCAUGCCGAGAAAGAAUGCUGACUAAGAAGCAAGACCUGCCCUGGUACGUGUCUUAUUUUUGCUGUAAAAGGCUUUUAAGAAUGAACAGAGAAUCUAUGUAGAAUUCAUGUUUGUGUUUGAAAGUGCUUCUUUGCCAAAAAAAAAGCAAACAAAUACAGACACGUAUCCGUAGUUUUUAUUUUUCACUCUUGAAUUUUUGUUCAUCCUCUAGCAAUUUUUUGUUAGCUAUAAGCAAGCUUUUUGCUUCAUCUUCUAGGGGGUUUCCACGCACUAGCUGGGACGGUUACACAGAAGUAAAAGAAUUGGUGUAAAAAAAAAAAAUCGCAAUUUACCCGCUUGCGACAGGUGACAGGAACUAGUAGCUGUUCGAGUUGAAUACUAUUUAUUUUCAAGGAAGCGAUGAAGUUCAGCAGCAAUCUCUGCGACGAUGUCUGGGCACCGUACGCUACCUCAGUCACAACAGCAAGCGUUUCGGCCAUUUUGUGCGUAGCAACCGUCCCAGGAAACUUGCUGAUCUGCUGGGCAAUCAUUAAAGACCCGAACAGGGAACUGAAAUCAUCUUUCAACUAUUUGGUUCUGAACCUUGCAAUAGCCGACUCCUUUAUUGGAAUUGUUACUGAACCCGUUUUUGUGUGGUACCACAGCGCUGAAGCGAUGCACCAUCAAGUCUUAGGCUUGCGUUGGGUAGUGUAUAUGUCAUAUUUCAUGUCCUCUACUGCUUCUGUGUUGAGCAUAGCUGCAUUGGCCACAGACCGCUAUAUAACAGUGACUUCUAUAACCACCAGAAAGCUGUCUUCUUCGCAAGUUAUCGCUGCAUCUGUUGCAAUAUGGGUUUUUUCAGGAGGCUUGCCUUUUCUCUACUUCGUGGCUGGAUUUUACACGUUAGCGUUUAUUUUCGCUAACACUACAAUAAUAUUAACGAUGGCGUUAUUAGUUUUUUAUUUCGUUCGCAUUUUUCGGAGACUAAACGCUCAUGCAAGGCAUAUGAGAUCAGUUCUUGGUCACGGAACUACUCGUAAAGGGCUUCACGUAGAAAAAAAGGCCACAAAAUGUUUCUUUCUUAUCUUAGUUUCGUUCUUUUUGUGUAGUUUUCCAUCUUGUGUGAUGAUUUAUGUUAUCAACCUCUGCAGCACAUGUAGCUGUGUGCUAAUACACUGGUUUAGGGAUCUCCAAUACCUACUUGUGCUGGUUAACUCCGCUUUUAACCAGUUUUUAUAUGCGUGGCGGAUGGGUGGUUUUCGCAGGGCGUUUGGUCGGAUCCAUCCGAUC